CGCCAUAACCACAGCUCUGUAGCUCAAGCCAUCACCUGAGUAGCCGCGAGAUACUGCGUAAAACACGGAAACCUUGGAAAACGGCAUUUGACAAGAUCCCGGGUCAAAGUCGCGGCGGCUGUGGAUUCCCUGCGCACCCGCUAAGCCCAAUGCCGUCAAGGCACCCACUUGGCAGCAGACGCCCUGUCAUCACCGUUCAGUGCUUGCAUCAAUCAACUCGGACCGCCUCGCUGUGCUCCGUCAACAUCCGACACCUACCUUAGCACAGCGACCAGCGACACAACGGCGGUCACUCUCACUGGCCAACCUCUUUUUUUUUCUGUUCUUUUUUUUUUUUUACCUCGUACCGCCCAUCUGUACUCCCCUAGAAACACAACUCCAUCUUGUACCUAUCCAGACUUUAUUGACCGGUGAUGCCGUGAUGCCUCAUCCCCAAGCUCCGACCAACCCCACCUGAUAAGCCCUACGGUUCGGCGCUAGGCUCCCUUGGCUUGUAUCGCUGCCAUCACCUGCCAUCAACCACCUAUCCACCAUCCCCCAGCCUAGACCGCUGUCUGCCAGCCUGCAGAACGGUGUCACCUCUUCUCCAGGCAUCCGACCGUCUGGUUCUUCCAAUCUCUCUUCCUGCCAGCUGUGGUACGGAACCCUCGUUCAUCACGGUACAAAGACAAGUGCAUAGGGUUCCAUUACGACAGCCUCGCUUUACCCGUCUCUUAGACGGUAGCGGUCGUCCACCAUGGCUACUCCCAGUCAGUCAACGUCGUCUGCCGUUGCAGUUCCAAUUGCUCCAGUAGAGGAUACAACUGCUCCCUCUCCUGCCCCCACGAGCUCCCAGUCAGCCGCCCUCUCCAAGUCACAACACCUCGCCCACCCCCCUCCAUCAUCGGCCGUAAGAACACCGAAUGCCGCCAGCCACGACGAGCGCACAGUGCGCCGCGUUUCACGAAAACUCCAAAAGAAACGCCAUGACGACGAACACACUCCCACCAUGGAGCUCCCCGAAUCACUGAAACAACAAGGCGACCAUGCUGAUAGCGAUGAGGAAGUACUGCGGCCCCAGGGCUAUGGCGGUGGCAUGUUUAUGAACAUGAACCAGAGCAUAUUCGGUCUGAUAGCAGCAGCCGGUAGCCAGGCCGACUUUGGCGAUCGCUUUGAAGGCCAGAGCUCGGACGAAGACGAUAACGACGUCGAAAGGGAAAAUCCGAUGGCCAUGACCAUUGCUGGGCACAAAGCCUUGCACCACAAGCCCUCCAAAAGUUUGAGCAGCCAUCUUGCUCAGUCGACAGUGUUGAGGAAACAUGGCGCCACCUCGAACAAGGCUGAAAGCAAGCAUCGUAGAAAGAUAUCCGAGAGCCGUUUAUUGCGCUCUGUGCCUGGCCUUUCCAAGUUGACUUCCAGGGCCAAGUCAAGCCUAAAGCCGCCGAAAACACAAGACGCAGAGACCGAAAAGCCGGGCGAGAUGGACGACAAAGCCGAAGAAGCUUCUGCUUCUCAACCAGCUUCUGAGGUCACGCCUACGAUCGAAAUCACCAGGACCGAAAGUCGACAGACAGCACCGGUUAUGAGCCGGAUGCUGGAGGCGCGCGCGCAAAUGGCUGCACGACCAAGCUUCGAUCUGGAGAGGCCCUCGGGUGAACAAGCACACAGGCCAGAAGCUGGCGAAACAGGACCAACAGAACUGGCCAAGAGGCUCCAGGAGAUCUUCCAGUUUGAUACCCCAGAAGAAGUCAUCAAUGAAUUCCCAUGCUGGCUCCUUCAAAAUGUAUUACUCCAAGGAUACAUGUAUAUCACGGCCGGCCACGUUGCCUUUUACGCAUACCUGCCCAAGAAAGCCAAUGAGGUGACAAAGUCUGGGUAUCUUGCCAAGUGUGGCAAGCACAACCCCAAGUACAACCGCUACUUCUUCAGGCUCAAGGGAGAUGUCCUGUCGUAUUACAGAGACACCCAAAACCUAUACUUUCCCAGCGGCCAAGUCGAUCUCAGAUACGGCAUAUCCGCAGAGAUCACCGACAAGGACAAGGAAGGUGUCAACUUCACCAUUGUGACCCACAAGAGAACCUACUACUUUAGAGCCGACAGCUCGUCUAGUGCCAAGGAAUGGGUCAAGAGCCUGCGCAAGGUGAUCUUCAAAUCACACAACGAUGGCGACAGCGUCAAGAUCUCGUUGCCCAUCGCCAACAUUCUUGAUGUGGAAGAAACCCAAAUGUUGGGUUUCGCCGAAACGUGCAAGAUACGAGUCAUUGACAACGAUGAGACAUACGCCAUUGACGAGUAUUUCUUCUCCUUCUUCAGCUUUAGCGAAGAAGCCAUUGAUGUUCUCAAGACGCUCGUGGAGGGUUCUUCCUCGCAAACGCCAGGACAGAAUGAGCUCGAUGAACCUGCCUCGGAGGCACAGUCGAAGCGAACCAGCACGAGCGGCAGUCGUGAGCAAGUGCUCAAAUCACUCAAUACCCGUGGAGGCAAGAUUACCCAGAGCAUCAAAACCACGCUGUCGCCCAUCUCGCCAGGACAACGUUCACCAAGCCCGCGCCCAUGUCUCGACGGGCCCCGCACUAGUUUUGAUGGGUUCCGGCCUUUCAGCAGGCGAAGUGUUGAUGUCAGCCGCGACGAUAUCCGCGGAAAGUCCCCACGUCGAAGCUUUAGCGAACGCCGGACUUCCUUCCACAGGCGCCAUUUGUCUGAGAGCGGGACCGAUCACGAUAUGGAGAGACAAGAAGGCAGUGAUUCUUAUGUCCAAAGCAUGGAGGACCCCAGCCAAGCGAGUAUGUCUGGACUGAUCGUCUCCGGAAGCAGCGAAGCCCCUUCGGCAAGCCAGAUCCUUAGAGGGAGUGAGGUCUUUCACAACCCAGCCAUCCACAGGUCGGCCUCAGCACCCCGCGCGCGGAAUGAGCCAGCCGUGCCCGAGGCGCCAGGAACAGUCAAGGCCUCUCGGCCCCCAUCGAUUUCAGCUCAGAAUGGUGAAACGGAGGGAAAUCAGGCCAUGUCAACGCUGCAGAACACUGCCACAGUGGGGACCUUCCCAUUCAAGGGUGCUGGUGCGCUCAUGGGCUAUCUGGAUAGACAGUCCAGGAGGAUGAGCAAUCUCCUCGCAACAGAGUCUAUGGGAUAUGUUGAGAAGGUAUCAGGUAUGUGGAAGGGCGGCAAGAAACACUAUGACGAACCUGCCGGCUUAAGAACCGAUGAAGAAGAUGCUGAAGACAACCCCGAUGAGCGAGCCACCCAUGAAGCCCGGUUCAGGGAACACUUUGCCCUGCCCAAGACUGAGAAGCUCCAGGCUGCCUACUAUGCACACAUGAUGCGCGUACUUCCGCUCUACGGCAAGAUCUACAUCGGUAAUCGUCACUUUUGCUUCCGCAGCCUGCUGCCAGGUACCCGCACCAAGCUUGUCCUUCCGCUCAAGGAUAUCGAAAAUGUCGAUAAAGAGAAGGGCUUCCGGUUUGGCUACGCCGGUUUGGUGGUGGUGAUCCGUGGCCAUGAAGAGCUCUUCUUCGAGUUCAACCGGGCCGAGAUACGUGAUGACUGCACUAUCACGGUUCUGCAGAACCUGGAGGCGACCCGAUAUGUUCGUGAUUCGGGUCUGUUGGACAGUGAGGAUGCAGAAAAUGCGCAGGCUGCUGUGGCGGAGCGGGAUGCACUCCGGGAGGCCCGGAACGAGGAGUUUCCACAUCAUGAGGUCAAGCUGCCCCAUGACGCCCAUUGUGUCUCUGAAGCGCCGACCAUUUUGUUUGAUGAUCCCAAGGCUUCCAUCCUCAACUUUAAGCCCAGCAAGUCCAUGAAGAUCACUUGUCUUACGAUUGGGUCUCGUGGAGAUGUUCAACCCUAUAUUGCCCUUUGCAAGCGACUGAUGAAGGAUGGCCAUCGUCCCAGGAUUUGCACUCACGCCGAGUUUCGAGACUGGAUCGAGAGUCAUGGGAUUGAGUUUCGCCCUGUUGGUGGUGACCCAAGCGAGCUGAUGAGGCUCUGCAUUCAGAACGGCACCUUCACCUGGGCAUUUCUCAAAGAGGCGAACUCGACGAUGCGUGGCUGGCUUGACGACCUUCUUAUCACGGCUUGGGAAGCGUGCAAAGGCAGCGACCUCUUGAUCGAAUCACCCAGUGCCAUGGCUGGCAUUCACAUCGCAGAGGCUCUUGGCAUCCCAUACUUCCGCGCCUUCACGAUGCCGUGGACCCGCACUCGCGCCUACCCCCACGCCUUCAUCAUGCCUGGACAAAAGCUUGGAGGAGCCUACAAUUACGUGACCUACACUCUGUUUGACAAUGUGUUUUGGCAAACCACCGCCAGUCAAAUCAACCGGUGGCGCAACGUCUGGCUUGGGUUGCCAAACACGACACUUGACAAGCUGCAGAUUAACAAGGUCCCGUUCUUGUACAACUUCUCUCCGUUUGUGGUCCCCCCGCCCAUUGACUUUAGUGACUGGAUCCGCGUCACCGGGUACUGGUUUCUCGACGAGGGCGACGAGAACAAGUGGCAACCGUCCAAGGAGCUGCUCGACUUCAUCGACAAGGCCCGGGCAGACGGCAAAAAGCUUGUGUACGUUGGCUUUGGGUCUAUUAUAGUGCCUGACCCGGCCAAGAUGACACAAGAGGUGAUUGAUGCUGUGCAGAAGGCGGAUGUCAGAUGCAUUCUGAGCAAAGGCUGGAGUGACCGGCUACCUGGCUCGGGUGAUGAAAAGGUUCCUGGUCCUGAAGAGGCCAAGGUUGAGCCACAGCUGCCGGAGGAGAUCUUCCAGAUCCAGUCAGCACCUCAUGACUGGUUGUUCAAGCAGAUUGAUGCUGCUGCUCACCACGGGGGAAGCGGAACCACGGGUGCCAGUUUGCGGGCUGGCAUUCCCACGAUUAUCAGGCCAUUUUUUGGUGACCAGUUCUUCUUUGGAAGCCGGGUUGAGGACUUGGGAGUGGGAAUCUGUCUCAAGAAGUGGGGGGCGAAUUCUUUUGCAAGGGCGCUGUGGGAGGCUACGCACAGCGAGAGGAUGAUUGUGAAGGCAAGGGUGUUGGGGGAGCAGAUUCGCAAAGAAAAUGGAGUUGACACAGCGGUCCAGUGCAUCUACCGCGACAUGGAAUAUGCCACCAAUCUCAUCCGGUCCAAGAUGGGUAAGAAUCAUGCUCGGACAGGUGAGAAUGUCAGCAUGACGGAGGCCAACCUCAACAAUGAGGAUGAGGAGGAGAGCUGGACCUUUGUGGGAGACUCGGACACGGUCGAAGACUUGAGUUCCGAGGCUCUCAUGAAGACGGUAGCCGAUCUGAGAGACCUUCAAGCUUAUCAUGGCGACAAUGCCGACAAGACUCAGGGUAAUACAGUGGUAGGGGGCGCGGUGGGCGCUGGAGUGGAGACGGUGAAGGGGAAGGGGGUGAGUUAAUUGUGCUGUCUGUGCGGUGAUUUGGAUCUGAUGUUUUGCGAUGGUUUCUUUCCUUGGUUUGACACACAGCUCUUGUUUCUUUGACAAUAACAUUCGUCCUGUGGCUUGGUGAAAGUUUUUGUACCUACCUACAUGGCAAAGAGGCCUGAGAUGACUAACUGUUUUUUUUUCUUUUUUCCUCUUACAGGUUCAGAUUUGGAGGUGGUUGUUUGGAUAAACAGAGGAGGGGGAGGGCUAGCAACCGGGCGUUUUUGGGUUUCCUAUUUUCUUUUUUUUUCUUUUACGACGGGGAGAUGAUGCUUUUUUCAACACGCAAAGGUAAAUAAUGAACGACAUCGGAGCAUAAUGAGGCAAGACGAUUUCAGGAGCAGGGCUUACAGCACCUGCCCUCGGUUGAGAUGAAACAGAUACAGAGAUAGGAGAUACAAACUUUGAUAGAGGGUGCCGACGGGGGGAGAGACUGGAUAUUAAAGUAAGAGGGGCAAAGGGCUUCUUAAUGCUAUCGAGUCUUUCCUAUAGGUACUAUUAGUGGACAUAUGGGUGGUGGGAUGU